AUGAUUGAUCUUGAAGUCGUCUAGCGGAUGUUUUUGGCGUGCCAUUGUCAAAGAAAUUGCAGACGAAGGGUAUAUUUUUCCCGUUGAUUGCAGAAGUUUAUAAAUAAUUGGGGCAUGCGCUUGUACCAUAGCCAUGGAAUAUGGCACGCAAGGUGGUAGUUCCGUCGCAGCAGUAUCGUGCUCACCACAGCCAUGGAACCACCACAGGCAAUCCUGAAGACACCAACAGGUGACCACAGUCCGAUAGUCACCGCAAACUACAACAAGCUUUCGGAUCACAUCCGAAGAUUGACACCGCAGGGCAUCCAAUGCAGCGUCUUCUGCGGUGGAUCCCAUUGCAAAUAUGAGAAUCCCAAUAACUGGACCGCGGACAGCUUGGCCAUCCAAGGCUUGUACUCUCACUGGAUAACGGACCACGUGCUCGCGAUGGCACGACCAAGCACAGUCACGAUCAUUCAGAAGAAUAUCAUUGAGCAGUUCCAAAGUUUGGGCAUAAAGUCUGUUAUAAAUCUGCAAUGUCCCAAAGAGCACUCGAGCUGCGGUCAUCCUUUGGAGAGUUCCGGUUUCUCCUACGAUCCUAACAUAUUCAUGGAAAACAAUAUUUAUUACUACAACUUCGCGUGGAAAGACUAUGGCGAUGCAACAUUGAUAGGGUUGUUAAACAUGGUCAAAGUCGUGGCCUUCGCCGUGACCGAGGGUAGAAUUGCCAUCCAUUGUCAUGCAGGACUUGGAAGGACCGGCGUGUUGAUCGCCUGUUAUCUUGUGUACUCCUUGAGGGUUCAAGCCAAUGCAGCUAUACAAUUUGUAAGAUUACGAAGGCCUGGGUCCGUACAAACAAGAGGUCAGAUAUCCUGCGUCCGGCACUUCGCACAUUACAUCCUCCCCAAUUUGCAGACCUUCUACAUCAAGGAACAUAGUGGUAAAGAGAAAACCAUGACACCCUUCACCCUGGCGAGGUUUCUUAAGAGACAGAAGGUAGCUCUUCACGGUUACGAGGAAAGGAACUACAAGCAUAUUCCCAAAAUCAUACAUAAAAUCUGCGAAAGGAUACUUAAAUUGUGCGGUUGCUGGAUCGAUGAUUUCUCCACAUCCAACGUCCCUUAUACGACAGACUUCUUAUACGAUAAAAUGGUAGUUAAUGUGCAAAGACAUGAAAGUCUUUAUAGCAUCUGCACUUCUCCAUCCUCGAGUGGAUCAGACAUCAUGAGUGUCGUUUCAUCACCUCCCAGUCCGAAUCCUUCAGAUGGAAGCGACUUGUUGGAAACAUUCUCAGGCAUCUAAAAAGUAAUUAUAAUUUAAUAAAUAUUUAACAACAUUGUUUUUCUAGAUAUUGAUGAUGAGCAUCAUGAAGAUAUAUUGUACGAAAACAAGUGUUUUCAAGAGUUGGAGAAUCACAAAAAUUUUGAGCAUGAGAAGGCUCAUGAUGGUCCAAUUGAAAUUCAAGAUGUGAGACAAGUUGUAGAUACCUUGAUUAUGAUGGAUUUUAAUGUUCUGAGUACCGAGGCUCGCCAUGUUAUCAGAGGACUUCAACAUGAGAUUAAUUCGUCGCAGUUGGGUUGGGUCAAGCUUGAUCUUUCCGAUGAUAUCGUUUUGUUGGCAGCAUUACUCUACGAUUGGCUGGAGAAUCUGAAGAAACCUCUCCUGGACAUCGACAAUUUAGAGAUUCUAGUUAUCCAUUAUUCGCAUACUGAAGCUUGCUUCUCUAAACUCGAUGCGGGCACUGCUUACUUAAUCGAAUACCUAUUGAUUUUUAUCUCGAAGCUUCAAAUCACUGCUGACUUACAACAAGAACUUCUUAAGCGAAUGUUGGCUGCUAUGACUCACCAACACGUUAUUUUGAGAGAUGUUGUUGUACCUAUAGGUCAUGGUUUUCGGAAAUUGAGAGAUGGCACAUCUGCCUGCUGCAUGGAAUUUCUGUCGCAACUUUUGAGCAUUGUAGACAUCCAUCACAGGCAAAAGAUUUCUAGUCACAUUGAUUUUGGCGAGAGUGAGGAUUCUGAUGUCGAAACUGGCUUCCAAGAAUAGAUUGGAGAUAUAAAUAUUGUACUGCAUUUGGCAGUUAUUCUUUUCUGGGAAAGGACUUUUGGUGUAUGUGUAUUGAAUAAAAGUCAUAUUUUACAUCGGA